CUAGCCGAAUAGUUCCCUUGAACUAGUUUGUUCCGGAACGACACAACUCUACUCUAGGCCAAAAGAAAACUUGUUUACAUCAGGAGAUCACAAAUCGUAAAUUUAAGGAUAUUUGUUAAAUAAGAUGAGCUUGCAACCGGCUAGCACUUCACAGACAGCAACGACAUCACAGGACGCUUGUUAUAUUUCAUUACUGGGCCUGGCGGAAUAUUUUCGCACGUCACAGCCACCGAACAUCAAGAGGUGUAUACAAUGUCUACAAGCUUUGUUUACGUUCAAUCCACCAUCGAAAGUAGAGGCACGCACCCAUCUGCAAAUGGGCCAGAUACUUAUGACGUACACCCAUAACAUCGACAAGGCCCGGGAACACUUGGAAAAGGCGUGGAAAUUGUCCGAGUCAUUAUUAAAUUUUGACGAUGUUAAAUUUGAUACCGCAUCAAUGCUGGCCGAACUGUACAAACAAAUCGAUCAGGUUCCCCUGGCCAAGGCUAUGCUGCGAAAGGCAAUCGAAUUGUCACAAAACAAUGUCUAUUGGCAUUGUAAACUGCUGCUGCAAUUGUCCCAACUACAUGCAAAUGACAAGGAAUACACUCUAGCUUCAGAGCUGCUUGCGGUUGGUGCAGAAUCAGCCGAUGAGUCAAGUGCCACAUAUUUAAAGGUGCUCUUUCUGCUGUCACGGGCAAUGAUCCUAAUGAUAGAACGUAAAACCAACGAUGUACUGGCACUGCUCAAUUCGGCUGGGGCCAUAAUUGACAAUAGUAUUGCGAAUCCACAUCAGAAAGAGUAUUUGAAGGUGUUCUUUUUGGUGCUACAGGUGUGCUAUUAUUUGGCCCUGGGUCAGGUGAAGACGGUAAAGCCCAGUUUAAAGCAAUUACAAAUGUCUAUACAAACAAUAAUGGCGCCAAAUUGGCCUGCAGAUGAAGAAAAACCUUUAGCUAAAUAUAGAACGAUCAGCUAUAAAUUUGACUCCUGGGUGACCGUAUUCAAAUGUCCUACAAUAUUAAAAAAAAGAAAAAGAUCAGGCCAAACUUUAAAAAGCCUCCAACUCGAGGUAACGAAAACCUUUAAAAAACCCUUAAAAAUAAAUGUAUGGGGAUUCGUGCCUUAAAUACCUUAAAGGGGACGGUACCGAUAUUUGUGGACUGCAUCAAUAUGAGAAACUACAUAUGCAAUUUCCCGUUACAGUGGCACAGACUAACGAAUAUAUAGACGAAGGAAAGCGCUCACCGCUUAUC